CAGGGAUGGGCGGCUUCUUUGACCACCAGGGGGGGCAGGAGGGCAGCCAAAGUUAGGGCAUGUACAACGGGCGUCGGUAUGCCGUCUACAAGAGGUAGAUUUUGCAAAAAAAAAACACCUCAGCACAGGAAGACGACGCCUCGCGAGGCGACGGCGCGGGCUCGUUGCCCAACGCGAGGAGACGACAACACUGCCCCGUUGUGCGUUGUGCUCUGGCUCGUCGACGGCAACCAAGGAUCAGGUGCGGAUGACCACAGUUUUGCCGUGAGGGAGGUCGUUGCUGUAGGGCCGCCCGCCGAUGUCGUCGGAGCGGAGGCCGACCGCGGCACCGCCAGCGCUGGCUGCCGUGCCGCAAGCCGAGCUCGCCGCCCGCCUCGACCGCCGAGCUCGUCGAGCCGACCACGGCACCGCCAGCGCUGCCUGCCGCUCCGUCGCGCCUUGCUGCCUGCCUCGCCGAGCCGCGCCGUGCCGCCAUCACGCCGGGGGCUCCAUCGGCCACACCGCCACAAGGGCUCCACCGUCGUGUCCCCCUCGCGGCCAGGCGGAGGCCCCGGCUGGCGGUGUGCCGGGCGGAUCCGGCCUGCGCGAAGGCGUGAGCGCCUGCGGCUCCCGGACUUGAUCUUGUGAGCCAUGGUGGCAGCAAUCCACGGUACGAAUCGAAGCUUUGCUUCCACCAUGCCGCUAAUGCGUCGCUGGCGAAGCUCGCUGCCGUCGGCCGUGAAGCUCGCUACCACCGCCACCAUCGAAGCUCAGGCCGCCUCCCACUCCUCCCAAUCAGGUCAGAUACGAUCCACCGUGUUCGGCUGGUGGGUAGGCCUCCAGGUCUAUAGUAUUUCUCUCUCACACCACUCCAGCUCCAACCUCCAGCCACCAGUCAGGUAACAGUGUUUUUCUCUCAUACCACUUCAGCUCCAGCCUCCAGCUCCAACCUGCCGAACGCUGUGAUAAGAUAUGGGUGCUUCUGUGCUGGGCUGUUGGUCCCACACGUAAGCGGCAGUAGAUAGAUGAAAUAGCACAUAUUCAUUCAUGUUAUGUUCAAAAUUCUCUUAUAAUUCUUUCAGGCACAAAUGAUUUAUUUGCAUGUAAUUUAUUUACAUCCACAAAUAAUUUUUUUCAUGUAUGUCACAAAAUAAUACAUAAAAAUCUAUUUCACAUGUUUGAUUAUCACGUUUUAUAUGUCUAGCCAUGUAUUAAAUAGUUUGCAGACAGCCACACAGACACACCAUUGUACAAGUUGUCUACUUUAUUAUAUGUGUAUGGUAUUCUAGACAUAUAUAGACGGCAGCUGUCUAAUCAUUGUACAUGCCCUUAUGGUGCGCCAUUAUGACUCUGUUCUGCUCCAGCGGCCUCCAGCCAGCCAGCAGUGUAUUUCUCACACACCACUCCAGCAGUAGUCUCCAGCAUCAACCAGCCAACAGUGUUUUUCUCUCACACCACUCCAGCAGCAACUUCCAGCACUAGCGAAGCGAACAUGCCCGUUUGGCUAGUUUGGCUAUGCCUCCAUCCGGGUUAAAGACAGGCACUAAUUAAUCAUUAUUAUUGGGUGCUCUAAUCAUCAUUAGGUGCCGGGGGAGGAAAAGAUCCCUGGAGACCCGGUGAGAGAGUGUUGCUCCCCCUAGACUGUCCCUCCAGUUUUCUUUUCCUCUCUGGCUCUCUCCACAGCCGCAACGAGCAGCAUCUCCUACACUCCACUCUGCCCCGCCUGCUUCCAUGAGGGCCAGCUGAGGAAGAGAAGGCGGGGAUCCCUCCCCGUUCGUUCCCCUUGGCGUUCCGUCCCCCCAGCUCGUCUCCUCGCUCGCCUUUCCGUUCCUGGCGGCGGCGACGGCUGGGCGUGGCCGACCAGCGGCGCCCUCCGCCGGGCCCUGUGCCGGCGACGAGCACCCGCCAGGUUUCAUCUAUGGGGCAAGAUACUGGCUUGAAACGCGAGGAUCAUUAUGGAUUGGGAGCAGGUCCUGGAAUAUUGCAGACCCCUCGCUGCAGCAAUGAAGAAAAUGAGAGUCGAAACAGAAGAUACCAUCAGUUGAAAUGCUCAGAGAGCAACUCAGGGGAGUCACGCCUGGACUACGUCCCAAAUUUCCACUGCAAGAGCUUGCCAACAAGAAGGCGCAAGAUGAGUGUAGAACAAAGCGCUGUGGGGAAGCGUGGCUCUAUGUACCAGAGCUCUAGUGAAAUUAGCAGAAUAAAAAAGAUCCAGGAGGGCAGGAGGAAAAUAGACUCUGCAUUUGAUGGGGAUGCGUUUCUGUUAUUUGACAUUGUUGAUGCAUCCUCUCGGCCGAGCACAAGCGGAGCUUAUCUGCAUUCCCACCGGAAUCGGAGGUCGGGGGCUAAGGCUUCUGUGGAAACUAGUCGUAGGAUUAAUCGAGCAUCAAAGGACUUUCUGGACCUUUCAUUCCGCGAGCUUCCUGAUGAUAAUUUUAAUCUAGAUCGACCACGCUUGGACAGUACUUUGUUGAAAAAUGAAGGAGGUGAUGGUUUUUUGGAGAUUUCUUUUGAGAAAGAGACCACAGAGGGUGGCCCUUGCAGACAUGCAGCUCCUGACUUGCUAGACGCUCAGUCAGGUAAAUGUACUGAAACAAAUUACCAACCCAAGACCAGUGGAUGUCCCAGUGAGAAUAAUUGUGGUGAGGAGGGGAGAGAUUCAGCAAGCAGUUCCAAAUCAAUGUCGGCGAAAGUAAGCUCUUUUGAUGGUACCUGCCCAUCUGGCAGCGUUCAGCAUCAUAUCAUAGAGAACAACGCUAAGGCUCGAUCAAGCCCCUUCAAGAAGAUGUUGGACCCAAUCAUGAAGUCCAAAUCUCGUAGGAGUCCGUCUCUCAUUGAAAAGGGAGAUCCCAACUCUAUAACUGGGACAGGUAGCAGGAAAAAUUCAAUGUCCUGCAAAUCAUUGUUGGGCGAUUUUUCAAGAACUGAACAAGCAUCUAAUUGCCAGUCCAAUGGAGAAAUACAGCAUAUCACAUCUGCUCUUUCACCUGCUCAUCUCCAAGCAGUUCUUAGAUUGGAUUCCAAGAAUGGUGUACAGGUUUUAGAAUUUUGUGUUGAGGGCCUGGAAGAAUCCAUUUCUGCCCGGAAUUGGAAAACUGGAAAUGAGUUGAACUCUACCUACACCUUCCAUAGUGGUGGUAAACGAUCCAGUGCUGCUGGAAGGAUCUCCAAAGAUGGAGGGUGGAAUUUACCCCCAAUUGUAGGGCAGCUGCAGGUUUCAUCUUAUUUAUGCUCUGAAGUUGGAAAAGAUGGUAGGCUGAAUAACUCUGUCAUUACCGAAUUUGUUUCGUACGAUAUUGCUCAUGCAAGGCGAAUUGUGGAGAAGACUCAAUGUAUAGAGACGCCUCAACAGCCACUGUGCAGUACCGUUGAUAGAUCAAUCUCUGGUGAAUCUCCACAGAUGCUUAAUCCGAUGGGCCACAAGAUAGGAAGAAAUAACUCAGAUGUAUCAACAUCUUGCCCAUGGUCUGAAGAAGAUCUUUAUCCUCAUUUGGAGAUCGCAGCAACUGUAAUAGAGGUUCCAUUUAGUAAAGAUAAGUCCAAGGAAAUGAAGAAAGGUUCCUCUCCUUGUACUGUCAAAGUGGUUACACCUAGUGGACUGCAUGGUUUACCGAGCGAAUCAGGAGCCUUCCCAUCUCCUUUGCUAGAUAGAUGGAGGUAUGGUGGGGGCUGUGACUGUGGUGGAUGGGACAUGGCUUGCCCCAUUGGUGUUCUUGGCAAUGCCUAUGAUGAUAACUGGGCUGAGUCAAUAACCACAAACGCAAAACAUCCUAUGGAGCUCUUCAUUCAGGGUAGCAAAGAAGAGCUCCCUGCCCUUUCCAUGAAGGCGAAUGGGAAAGAACAGUUUUUGGUGGAUUUCCAUGCACGGUUAUCAGCAUUGCAGGCAUUCUCAGUUUGCAUCUCUCUGUUGCACUGUUCUGAAGCUUCGAUAGCAUUCAGUCUUGAGAAGGGGAAGCACAAGCUGUAUUCCAGCUCACACAAGUUGCUCCUUGAGGAGGAUGUGCGGCGCCUAAUUGAGGCAGUCACCGCAGAAGAGAAGAAGCAGCAGAAGAAGAGCCGGAGAGAAAAGGCACCUCCAUCUGUUGUGCUUGAUCCACCUUUUUCUCCCAUUGGAAGAGUAUAGGCAUCAAUACCGGUCGAUUUGUCUUGGUGUUCAUAUUUUUUUGAUUGAAGGGGCAAAUUUAUGUUGUUCAUAAAGAUGGAGGUUGCAUGUAGUCUUAGAUUUUGUACUGUUGAACUCUCGAAUAGAAGAGAAGUUUAGGAGCAGUUCCAUGUACCGGUUUGAAGAACAUAAGUAGAUGAAGAAAAGGUGGCCGUCGCUUCUGUAUGUAACAUCACUCACUCACUUGAAACAGUGUAGCAUAGUAUAGUGUUGGUUCUGCAUUUCUGAGGUUUGAAA